AAAUUGAGUCAGUUCCGCAAGCAGAGCGCGAGAGGAAUUGUGUCUCUGUUCCAUUUAGAAUUAUAAAGUAUUCUCGUAUAUGAUGGCGUCUGCGAAAAGAAAGCAAGAUGAGAAGAAUUUGAAAAUUUUACGCGAGCUGGUCUCGCAACCCGGUAAUAAAGAAUGUUUCGAUUGCCAUCAACGAGGCCCAACUUACGUCAACAUGACAAUCGGUUCAUUUGUCUGUACUUCUUGUUCUGGUAUAUUGCGAGGCUUGACACCACCACAUAGAGUAAAAUCUAUUUCUAUGGCAACAUUUACACAAGAGGAAAUAGAUUUUAUAAAGGAACGUGGUAAUGAAUAUUGCAAGAGAAUAUGGUUAGGCUUGAUGAAUCCAAAUUCCUUUCAAACCUUAGAUGCUAAAGAUGAACAAAAAAUGAAAGACUUAAUGAGUGCAAAAUAUGAGCUUAAAAGAUAUUACUUGGAUCCAUCCAUGGCAAAUCAAAACUCAAAUAAAAAGUCACAGUCAUCAAAUCAAACCAACAUUCCAAGAGUCCCACAUUCUGGAACAUCUACAUUAUCUUCUAUAUCAGCUCAGAAAACAAAUAAUAUUGAGUCAGUUAAUUUUAAUAACUUUUCAACAGAUUUUGUAGCUGAUUUCAGCAAAGUUCCUGAUCCAUUUAUUACUACUACAUCUACAAAUAAACUCAGCCAACCAAUUGUACCUCAGCCAUUCUUUGCCAAUUUUGACAACAACCCUAUUUUUAAUAGUCCAAAAAAUACAAAUGUUGAAUCAUCAAGUCCGUUUAGUCAGAAUACAGGAAAUUCUAACAAUGCUAUGAAUGCAAAUGGAGCACAUGCACCUCCAUCAGAAGAUCGUUAUGCGGCACUGAAAGACUUAGAUUCCUUAAUGAAACAAAUACAAUUGAAAGAUGAUACUACAACAACUUUAAAUACAUCUACAUGGAAUACGAAUAAUGCUUCAAAUUCAAUUUGGAGUGUAGGAAAUCAAACCACAAAUGUAAUUUCAAAUCCGUUUGCAACUGGUGAUUUAUGGCGACCAUCGGCGAAUAUAGUUAAUAAUAAUACACAAUCAAUUGAUACUUCCCUGUAUAAUCCUAUUAACCCUUUUAAGCCAGUACAAUUUCCUAUGAAUAACGAUUCACAGUGGGUAGGUAUUGGACCAUCUAGUAACAGAGAUGUAAUUCAGUUUAGUCAAUUAAUGACAAAUAAAGUGUGGCAACCAACUCUUCCAGCAUAUCAUGCAAAUCCAUUCAUGGUUGGUUCAGGUGUGAGCAACAUGACAAGAAAUUCGAACAAUCCUUUCUUAUGAUUAAGUAAACAUAAAUUUUUAAUGGAAUUACGAACAAAUAACACAGACCUAAAAUAUGUUUAGCUUAGGGCAAUUGUUUAUAUACUUGACCUUAUUGGCAAUUAGUGCCAUUAACUUUUAUCUCUAGGA